AUGUUGCUGGAAGAUAUUUCCAGGUUUACUGUCGCACGUGCCGAGGUAAAGGCUGGGACAGCUCUAUUGGCAUCCAGCAGAAUUUUUUUCCACAACUUGUAUCAGGAUGUUGCCAGCCGAAGCCCUGGAGAGUUCAAGUUGACAAUCCACAGCUACAUUCAAGAUGCCACGAACUCCGGUAUUUUGAAAGGAUCGAAACUGGCAGCUUUGAUCCUUCGCAGUGCAUACUUGCGUGACUAUGUGGCCAAUGCAGCCGAUGGAUGUGAAGAUGAAACCUAUGACUUUGAUGAUGCGCAGAAUUUUGAUUUUACAUCAUGGUUCGAGACCAUUGUGAGGGUCGCGGACAUCCUCCCUGUUCAUGGCAGUGAUUCUGCGGUCACUGCAGCCCAAACUUUGAAACAUUUGGAAGGACUCAACGAAUGCGGGGCCAGAAAGAUAUUGGCAGCAGAUGUUGCCGACCAGCCCAACACAUUUUUCGCAGAUUUCACGUGCUUAGAGCACUCGCAGCAUUUAGUGUCACUCUCAUGCCUGAAGGCUGCAGACAGGUGUUUAGCAAAACACAGGGAAUGGUCAUAUUACGCUUCGCUGGCAACGUGCUCGAAUGUAUGUCGAAGUCUGUGCAAAGCCAUCUUUGAUGCAUGGGCACAGAGGCAUGGCUACCGGUCUGCAAAGGAUGAAUGCAGACAGCUUUGGCCUAAAGCAUCGUCCGGACGUUGGAGUGGGUGUGACAAACCUGAACAUAGGUUCUUGCAGACGGGAAUGGACAAGCUGGCUCCAAUCAUGAUGGACGUGCUUUCCAAGUCACUGGACAACGACAAGAAACACAGUUGCGUAGAGAUUGAUGAAUUGCAAAUCGAGGAAUCAAAGGCUUUCAGUGCCAAAAUGGGUCGUUGGAGGAAACGUGCAAAGGGGUGCUUCAGUGACAACCUCUGGUGGGUCACAGUGGGAAUCAUGAACGCCUGCAGAGGGCCACUCACACACUUGCAGAAUUUUCUUCAAAAACCAGUCGACCAUCGCGAUCAAGGCGAGAUGGACAAUUUAAUGCACGCAGCAUCGGGCUACAAUCGCAAGAUCACUGUGCCAAUGGGCCGUGGGAUAACCAUUCUCUUUGCACUGGCUGCGGAUCACGCACGUCACUUCAGUGCCUUGAGCCUUUGUGGUCGUAACGUUCGGUUGUUCAUUACCUUGCGGGGUGUGGCUGGCAUGGUUCAGCCUGACGUGCAGGCUUCUGAGCGGCUUAACAAAAUGUUAAGUCUCUUCGGACAGCGAUGCCCUUCCGGAUCACUCGAUCUGUGUACGGCCAGAGCUUGCAUGAAGCAUUUCCUUGGUGUUAAUGGCUAUGGGCUUGGUGGAAAGAGAAGGUUUUCAGACGUGAAGGAAACUGCAAAACAUCUCUUUGACGAGUGUGUAUCAGGAUGGCCGCUCAUAGAGGAUGUGGAUAAGCUCGAAAACCGUUUUGCCCCUGCUGAAACUCGCUCAGACCUUCUCAGCUUGAGUGACGCAAAUAAAAAGUACAGAGAAUGUGAUCCCUUUUUCCAGCCGCGAGUGACCCCCGCAACACUGUGGGCAGCAAGUAUGAAUUCCAAACUAUCCAAGAGACGUGCCCAGCGAAAGUUCAGCUACUGCGUAGAUGGUCUUCCUGCAAUCUCUUUUGUGAUGUCACCGAAAGGCAUUGAUGACGCAGUGUGUGCGCCAUUGAUUUUUCUGGUCACUGACAAAGUCCGAACAGCCAUUCAUUUGGUGGCAUUCAGACGACAGACCCAAGCGGAUGCAACUGCAAACGGUCCCUUCAAAUAUGCAAUUCACACGCCAUGGUCGUUUACAAAGAGCCAUGAUGCUCUUCUACGUUUCUACAACCUGUUGAAAGAUGAUCAAACAACGAUUUCAGCCGUGGAAUUUCUGGUGCGUGUUCAUAAUGAUGCAACUUUGGAGCCGAUCGAUGGUACUUCAACAACACUGUUGACAUUUCAGCGAAUGGACCAUGCUUCCAAGACAACAUUCACGGCCCUUGCUGAUGAGACGGACCACAACACUGGUGAUGGUGACGACUCAGACGGUCCGGGUUCCGAUGACGAUGACGAUGAUAACUCUGAGCCUCAAGGGUUUCAUGAGCUUUCUUCUUUGAUGCAACAAUUUCGAAGUGAGAAUCCUGAACGGCAACCUGAAUUCAAUGUCAAUCUUGAUGACCCCGUCGACGCGUUGAAUGAGUUUGUUGAAGACGCCGAUGCAGAAGACUGCUCAAAUUUGAAUGUGCCUGACAGUGAGUUAGCCCGCCAGUCUGCUGCCAAGUCUUUGGGUGAAACUGACAUGGAAGGUGAUGCUGAUGCUGAUGAAUGGAUCAACGAACAAAUGUCGCAAACCCUGGAAAAGGAGCGGAGCCAGUUUGAAUCAGAGAUUGCCGGAAAGGCUUUGAAAACAGGCGCCAACAUUCAGGGCCAGAACUUCAUGGAAAUUGCAGAAUCCGUUGUUGCAGAGCCUUGA